CCGUUCUUCAGUCUCUGUUUGAAUCGAAGUCUGAAUCGUGACUUUGUCCUUCUAUCUCUUCGUUCUUCUUCUGCACAUCAGCGUAUUUUCGUCGGGGCCGCCAUUUCUGAUGAAGUUUCUGUUUGAAUCGAAGUCUGAAUCGUGACUUUGUCCUUCUUUCACUUCGUUCUUCUUCUGCACAUCAGCGUAUUUUCGUUGGGGCUGCCAUUUCUGAUGAAGUUUCUGAAAUUGCCGUGGGUAGGUCUUAAAUGGAUGCUGAAGUAAUUAAUUGUGAAAUCUUAUGAGGUCUGGGUUCAAUUGAAUUUUGAAGGUAUUGCUCUGUCCUUCAACCUUUCUCCAUCAUGUAUCUUUUUAAUUUUCUGAAUUUGGAAAUUGUUUUUCUAGAUUGGUUGUGGUGAGUGGUGUAAUCUUUAUUGAAUAAUGCAGUCAAACAUAAACAUACACAAGUUCAACAAUUUAAGGAUUGACUGGAACCUGGAGGAUAAGAAACUUCAACGGUUCCUUCUAGCAUCUGUGAGACUCUCUUCAUUGUGGGUCUCAGCGAUCGGUCAUCUUGAAUGCACCAAAUGGAAAUCAUUACAAACUUCUCUAGCCUAUUAAUGUCCUCCAUUGGCUCUUCAUCCUCCUGAACUAGACGAUACAGUUUCCCUUCUUCAUAGCAAUCAGAUACCCAAUCAGCUAAUAACUUUUUGUUUUUCAU